CUUGCCUACUUCCGCCAUCCCCUGCAACUAUGGCCACCGUUCAUCCGUCUCGCAUGGGGCUCGUUCCUCAAGAGCCCAGAGACAGAUACCCGCCGAGGAGGUCGCCCUCUCCUCGAAGACGCAGCCCCGACCGCAAGCCAACCCCCAUGGAAGAAAGAAGGGAAAAUGGCAGGGACUGCUCUCGAGACAGAGGCACCAGUCGAGACGAAAACCGCUAUGAUAGAGAUUCAGGGCGGCGCUUGGAAGAUAGACAUUCUCGUGGUGAACGGCGCCCGCCAAGCAGAGACCGUGACGACAGACGCAGGGCCAGUCCUGACUAUGGUGAAUACAAGCGCCCUCCGCCGCCACCGCAGGCUCCAUCGCAGCAGAGUAUGUAUCCAAACAGAGGGAGAGAUAGACCUCCUCCUGGUGGAUAUGGGAAUGGUGGCGGUGGUGACUGGUUGGAUAGUCGGCAAGCACAGAGAGACGCUUCAACGUUCAGCAUCUGGCCUCCCUCUCCAAAAGCCCCAGCCCGUGAUGUAAAUCUUACUCGUGAUUCCAAGUCGCGCAAAAGUCGUCGCCGGGAUCGCUCUGAAACACCCUCAACGGACUCGUCAGAUGAGGAAGAGCGGAGGAAAAGAAGGAGAAAGGAGAAGGAGAAGAAGCGAGCGAGGAAGGAGAAAGAGAGGUCGGAGCGGACGAGCAAGCGGCACAAAAAGAGGCCCAGGAGCGACGAUGAAGAAAGCGUAGACGACGAGCGAGAGAGGCACAGACGGAGGACCCGGAGUAGGAGCAAGAGCAUCCGACCGCCUAGUCCAAGUCGGAGUCCAUCACCAACUCGGGCGGAGGAUGAGGAUGAAUGGGUGGAGAAGACGCCUGCCGCAGGACCACUCAUCGCCCCUGCUGCUGGAGCCAGUACAUCGGCUGCGGUCUCAACGUCUGCUGCCCUUGGCCAUAUGGAAGACGUAUCAGAGGAGGAGGACGACGAGUUGGGCCCUCAGCCCCUUCAGAAAAUGAUCGCGAACAAGAAGGUCGACGAACGCGCCUACGGAGGCGCCCUCCUCAGAGGCGAAGGAAGUGCCAUGGCCGCGUUCUUGCAGGACGGCACCGACUCACGUAUUCCUCGGCGUGGUGAGAUUGGUCUGACGUCGGACCAAAUCGCCAACUACGAGGCGGUCGGGUACGUGAUGAGCGGCAGCCGGCACAAGCGCAUGAACGCGGUCCGGAUGCGCAAAGAGAACCAAGUCAUCAGCGCAGAGGAGAAGCGCGGCAUCCUCAAGCUGCAGAAGGAGGAGCGCGAGCGCAGGGAAGCAAUUCUCAGGGAGGAGUUCAGCGAGCUGGUGAGCGAGCGACUGAAGGCGCCUGAGGGGCGCCCGCGCCCUCAGUAGAACGGGUGUGUAUAGUUGGUCCAGGGCUCGGCUACUUUUCGGAUGAACAGGCUCCGACAAGUUCUUUGGCCCAGGCUCCGAAAUUUAUUGCAAUACUGCAGACGGAGGUUGCGCAUACUCUGCAAACCAUGAUGUACACAGUGGCCGAACUCCCAAUUGAGCUGGCCCCUGUUGAACGUUGAGCUCUGCUGCGAGGCUGAAUAACUGCCAGCAGUGAUUGCUCUCAUGCUGAAGCGAUCCUGAGGACGCUCUCAAGGGACGCUUGCGCACAUAAAGUGCCUCCUGCCAUCGAGACAGGUCGGGAAUCACAGUCAAUAUUUGCGCCUUGGUCAGCCGGCCGACGGCCGUGCCAUAUCCUUGACCCCAGGCCGGCCAAGUACUUGCCUUCAUCAUCGCCUUAGGCUGGACAAGGACUUGGCACAUCGUAAACCUUCUCUCUGACUACUAUUGUACAACAGCGGAGCAAACGCAAACAUGGCUACGGAUGCUCUCCAGGUUGUGAGCGACAAUCAGAUGUCCUCCGUACGUGCUAGUAUCGAGCUCUAGUUGGCUUGUGAUGGCUCAAGCCUUCUUGAACGAACGACCGCCGCUCGCUUCACAGUAUACUUCCGUGGGCCUUACUAUGCUGUUGGUAUAUGACACGUUGUUGUCGCUUGACCAAGAGGUUGGUUUUCGACACUCGGCCUUCAUAAAUUUGAGUAGCUGAUGGACCCCACGCAGGUCGAGUACAUCUGGAACGCAGCUCUUUCGUCCGUCAAAGUCUUGUAUUUCUGCGCUCGUUAUGGGUUUUUACUUUACUCCCUGGUCGGGUUUUCACUCAUGUUCACAACAGGAAGAUCAUCAAAUUUCUGCCUGGGAUUCUUUCUCGUAUGGGUUUGGGGUGGUGCUACUAGUAUUCCUAUCUUACUGAUCAUGGCCAUCCGAACACGCGCACUCUACGUCCACAACCGGACAGCCAUCAACGUCCUGAGGGCUUGCGUAAUUCUGAGCAUUAUCAUCUCAAUAAUUGGAUGGGUGUUCGUCACAGUAGGGUUCCAAGUCCUCAAAUCCUCCGAGCUUGCCAGCGGCACAUGCUUCCAGCGACUUUCAGUAUUUCCCAUAGGCGUGGUAGGCAGUAUACUUGGUUUCGUCAAUGGCGCGUGGUUCGACUUUGUAAUUUUUAUUAUGACUAUGGUGGAAUGUUUGAAGUUCUUGCAGACAAAAAGGACCAAGCUUGUUUGGCGAAUAUUCUGCGAUUCUGCGGGAUACUACGUUGUAUUGACGAUGCUCAGUGUGAUGAACUUGGUUACGUUCAGCACACUCAUACCCUCGCGGCCUGGCCUCGAGAACUUGACUGUCACUCCCUUGCGAAUCCUUCAGACGAUAUUUUCUCUGCGAAUUCUGCUGAAGCUUCGCCGGACUGCAAGCGAGCUAGGCGACCCGUCAAUAUUGGUUCAGGACUUCUCCAUGGAUGCAUUGGAGUUUCAGGACGAGUAGGAGUGAGGAUCAAGAAAAGACGACGCUCUCAAUCUGAAAGUUUGUCGUGCUCCUUGAAAACUAUAGCUAAGAAUCUUGCAGACAUAGAUUGACAAGUUACCUCCAAACGUUAGAUAACGCAUAGCAUUUCCUCUUUUGAACAUCGCUUCAGUACCUCUCACGGGGCCGGCUCGGGAACAAAGUUCCUAUCGCAAUCACGCUUCUUACGCCACUCAAGGCUAACGCGUAACAACGGGUUGAACGCGCGCGCGCGCGUGCGCCGCUGAAAUGAAUAUAUUAAUGCGCCGAACACCAGACCGCAUUUCUUUCUUAUCCCCCAUCCUCGUCCGUUGAGCUGCUUGCUGUCGCUUCAGUGCAGCUUCAGACUUCAGACUUGUCCCAACAAUCGCUUGUCCUUUCCACGACAAGCAUACUCAACUAUCCAGCGGCGUUCGGUGCCGCCAAUCGCAAAGUACAAGGAUGGCUAUGGAUGCUCUUCGAGACUUGAGCGACAGCCAGAUGUCCUCUUAUUCAUACGUGGCCUUUUCCUGGUUAAUGGUGUACGAAACUCUGCUUUCACUUGAUCAGUAAGUUGAGUAUAUUUGGAAUGCUCCCCUUUCGUCUGUCAAGAUUUUGUACUUUUGCACACGCUACGGAACCAUCUUGAGCUCUCUGCUCAAUUUGGCGCUGCUGUUUAUCAGGGGAAUAUCGCCAGAGCUUUGUCUCGUCCUUAUGGUCUUAGAGGAUUGGAUGGGCGUGACUGUCAUUCCAAUCACAGUCAUAAUGGCGCUCCGGACGCGCGCACUAUACCACUACAACCAUAAAGCUAUCAUUGCUCUCAAAGGCUUUGUUGUGCUAUUCACUGUUACU